AUAUUACUCAUGAGCUUCUAGUGACGUCAUAGUCAUGCAUAUUCAUUACGCGCUCUACUGUCGUACCAUUUUAUGCUACCCAUCAUGUGUUGCGCUAGCUGAGACCACAACGCGGUGUCGUCUGCACACGAAAGUUCGUUAAAUUUCUUCGAAUUUAGGGACUGUUUUAGGUACAUUUUGCCAGAAUGAAGAGAUCUGCUGAAUCACAGGAAGGCCACGGUGAUGAGAGGCAUUUCAAGCGCGUCAGUCGCCAGCUGGACUCCAAAAUAUUACCACCACACAGUCGAAGGGACGGCGGAUCGUACACAGGUCCUGUGCCGAGAACGUUUGCAGUGAGGCCCACGACAAACUUUACCGGCCAGUUUCCCUUCUUCAGCCGGCCUCGCGAACUCGGUCACUUCUCCCUCGAAAUUGAUAGGAGUUUUGUCAAUGACGACAGGCAUCUUAAGCACUAUUACCCGCCAAGUAAAGAAUCGGAUCUUGAUCUAGAUUUGAGACAAGGAUUUGAAACUUUUGUGAAGAGAGACGACAAUGUGAAAGAGAGAUUGAAUAACGUCAUGAAGUGGAUCAUCCACAAUAAGCAACAUUUCCUGAAACCAGAGAGAACUGUUGGCGUGCACUACGAUACUGAGACAGAUGACAUGAUAGAAAGCUUAGGCAUCGACUUCAUAGCAUGGCGUGGCCACUUCACCAAGUUCCUGUGCACACCCAACGAGAAUCGUGAGGGCUGGGAGAUGGCUGUGACGCUCUUCAGAGGGACCAUCUACAUCAGCGAGGUAGAGACGGAACAGGAUAGACAGCACAGGCUGGAAAUGAACCACUGGGAGAAGCAGUGCAUGUACGGAGGCUACAAGUUUGAGCAAUAUGUUACCAGUGAUGGCAAGAAAGCACCGGACCCGAGUCAACCAGUCAACAACAUUGAGGCCUUCUGCACUGUGGUGCGUUCAGACCUCGGUCCCUUCAAGCUGCUGUACAGCGGAGAGGUAGACUGUCUCCAGCCAGGGUCCACACUGAAACCGCCGGAGAACUACCUGGAGCUGAAGACUAGUCGCAAGUGGUACACGCAUAAGAAUGAGAGCAGCUUCUACAGAUACAAGUUGUUGAAGUGGUGGGCCCAGUCAUUCCUAGUCGGCAUUCCAGAGGUCAUCUGUGGUUUCCGGGAUGAUGACGGAGUCGUUCAAGAGAUCAAACAUUUCAAGACAAUGGAGAUGCCCAAACAUUCCAUGGGAAGCUGGGAUGGCUCGGUCUGCUUUAACUUCUUGCUGAAGCUCCUUGCUUUUAUCAAGUCAGUAGCUGUCAUUGAUGAUCCAAGCAUGGUGUACCUCUUUGAGCGGAAACCAGGCGAGAGCGUCAUCUCCUACACAGAGCACAGGGCAGACGGGCAGCAGUUUAUACCAGAAUGGUACAUCAGUGCCUUCAAGAAUGACAGCAGUGCAUCAUCUGCGGAAGCCAAGGCUAUAUAGCCCAAAUUCUAGCAUCAGUGGAGUUUUUAUGUUAACUGAAAUGCCUUACCAAAUCCAUGCGCCCAUUAAGACUAAUGGCAUAUGAAGUAACCUGUCACCACGAAAUGAGCUUAAAGUUGGAAAUGGCCUUUUUGCAGUACAGUUGGACGAAGCUUAAAUAUGAAGGGUCGGUCGCUUUUUUUUGUUUUCAGGUGAACCUGGAUCUUAAGUCCUGUGACUACCUUUCUCCAAUAGACCACUAUCGUGUUGCGGCCAUCUUGACUUUUUUCCCAUUCAAAUCAACGUAACUAAGCGAGGCUGUAAGGAAAAAAUAGUCUGGUUCAUUAUCAGUCAGUAAUGUUAUUGGAUACAGGGAACAUGACUGAAAUGGUGGUAGCAUGAUAAAGGUCUACAUGUAUAUAUUUUUGUUCUGUCAUCUUUAAAGCCUAUUUCAUCCUGUUUUUUAAUAAAAAAAAGGUUGACUGUGCCUUCACACUGUAACACAACUGCAAGAUAUUUGCAUGUCAUUUUCUCAAGAAUCAGUUUUAACACUUCAAGUUAGUUGGUGGUCCAUGUUUCCCUUACUGAACUCAGUACCCCAAAACGUUGUAUACCAUUCCAAAGCUCUUGUUCUGCAGAAUCCAGAUGUUCUUAAAGUCUGACUUUAAGCUCGUUUUGUGAUGAGGUCACAUAUUUUGAAUGAGACAAACUUUUACAUAAACAGAUUUAAAAAAAACUUUUUAAAUGUGAAUUUUAACGCAGCUAAGGUGCUUGUGUUUUUGAGCAGUAUUCACUAUGCAAAGCCCCUUGUUACCCAGCAUGUAUCAAAGACCUGCCAUCACAAAUUGGGUCAAUGUUGAAUCGCAAAAUGGGUAAGAAUGCCCACUUUUUGAAUUAUGGUUUGUAAAAUGUGAAAUUAUUGUAGAUGGAAGGGAACAUUCAAGACUGACAAUCUAUCAGGUUUGGAAUGGGAAAUACUUGCUAUUCAGUGUUCAUGCUCAGAAGUAUUGUAAAUAGGAUUUUUUACAUACAUGUUAUUUGAGGAAAUAUUGUACAUCUUAUUAUUUUUAACCAAAAAAGGUGGUAGAGGUACUUUAGUACACAAUUUUUCUGGAAUUUUGAUUUCUCGUUUAUAAAUUUAAAAAAGAAUUCAUACUUCGAAUUGCAUUUUAUUCUGUCUUUUGAUUUAAUGCUUGUCGUUUGGAGAGAUUUUGGAGGUCACACGACUAGCAUGAGAGAAGAAAGCGUUCAAAAUUCUUCAAAACCAAAAGUCUGUUGGUGCAUUGUAAAGCCAUGCCGUUUUGGAGACUCGGUCAAGUGUAUGUAUAGCUGACAAUACAAUACAUGUACAAGUGAAAUGUGUAAAAUUGUAAUGCAUUUUUAUUUCUACUUUUUAAAUAACCAGCUUCCAUCUCUUUCAAGUUUUUAUAUAUUUAGAUUUUGCUUGUUCUUGAUCCUGGUUGGCUGAAACGUGGUCACGUGUGAUUCACUUAUAUAGGCUUAUGUGUAUGAAAUUUGCGUCGGCGUGAACUAGACACGCGGCGAGACAUUGUGCGCGCGUAAUUUCCAGAGUAUAGUGCCUGAUCAGGCACUAUACUCAAAAUAUUUUGAUUGGUAACAGCACUCUCUGAAACAACUCAAACCCAAAAAUUUAAUUUAGGGAAACUAAAAGCAUUCCUUUAAUUGUUGAAUUGCCGACAGCUGAAUUGCUUAUGAGUUAAUUGUUGAAUUAAAACAGUUUCAUAAUAAAACCCUGAAA